UAUUGCCAAUGUUUAAAUUAUAAGUAUUUAGGAUUAUUAAAUACACAAAUACGCAACAACGUUAUUCAUGACAUUAAUUGGUUUUCAAUAAUAUUAAGCAUUCAGUGAUACUUCCAGCGUGUAGCUAAGGCCUAAUAAAGCCAAUCCUGCUACGUUGUAUAAAUCAUGGUUUCUAGGCAACACAUUUUUAAACAAUAAGUAUCUAAACUAAAUAUUGCAUCAAACACCUUUUCAGAUUUUCAUAAGAAUAUACAAUCAUCUCUAUCGUUAUUUAACAAGGUUUAGUAUCUUAGUAUAAUGGCCGAUGAACUAGAAAAAGUUCACCUACAUUACGAUGAUAUUAAUAAAAUCAGAGUUAUUGAUAGUACAGUUCUUAAAGAAACCGAAGAUUUGAAGAAUUCAUGCAAGGAUUAUGACACAAAAGUACAAGACUUCGGGAAUAUAAUUACUUCUUUACUAAAUAUGUUGAAGGAGCUUGGUGAUAAUGUUGAGAGGCAAAAAAUGGCUGCAAUAGGAGCUACAAAUCUUCUUAAAUCUAUUGCAAAAGAUAGAGAAAGUGAGCAAGCAAAACUACAAUCAGAAAUAAAUGAUAAAUCUAUGAUUUUGGAACAGCUGGACUCGGAGUAUGAUGCCCUUCAAAUCUUAGAAGCUACUCAGACAGAAACAAUUGAAUAUCUGACACAACUUAGAUAAAUCUGCAUCUGCAUCUCACACAACUUUGGAAUAUUUAGUUCUAACACUUAAAUCACUUACAUUUGUCGUUGAAUAAGUAAUACAAAUAUUUGGUCUGUAAAAAUGUAUUUUUUAUUUUUUUAAUUGAUUCACACAUGAAAGAACAGCCUGUAGACCAAACUGCUGCUUGUUGAUUUAUAAAUGUCUGUUCAAUUG